AUGGCAGCUCGGGACUGGGUCGUAACCGACCGCGAGUUAAAUCCAAGGCAGCGAAAUGGUGCUAUUUGCAAACCGUACCUCCUGUCCUGGACGGAAGAAGCGUGUGUCCGGGACCGGGGGGGCUUAGCAGAGCGCGAGAUCCCCACGGGACUCGGAACAGAAUCUCUCGUUUCCCCAGCUGGAGCUGUGGCCCGGACAGAACAGAGGGGAGAGGCCUGUGCAGGGAGCCGGCAGGACUCCGAGGAAAGAGAAACAUCGGUGGCUCUGAGCACCGGUGGGAUCGUAGCAGAGGCGCAGCGUCUUGAGGCACAUCCCCCCCACCGCGAGCAGCGCCAGAUGGCGUCGGGAAGGCAGGUUUUCUGGAGUCCCGAGCAGAGAGAUCCCCAGGAUGCCCACAGGGUGGAGGAUCAGCGUGGAGCUGCCCUCAGUAAUUCCCCUGAGCAGCCAGUCCUGCUCCCAGGGUCGGAACCUCCCUUGCCCUCUGCGGGGGCAGGAUCGGGCCCUGGGUGGGCCAGAGUUCCCUGCGAGAGCCGAGACGUGGCUGCCCCUUACGCCGCGCAGGCCGGGGAGCGGCCCCGUGCCUCGAGUGCCGUGAAAUCCCAGGCCUGCUCCCCAGCAGAUGAGCCAGUCCAGUGCGAAAGGAGCUUCCCCCAGCCCACGAGCCAGGCCGCCCACCAGCCCAAGCCCAGUGGGCAGAGGCCCCAUCCCUGCAGCGACGGCGGCCAGAGCUUCAAGCAGCAGCAGAACCCAAUUAUCCACCUGAGAACCCACGGCAAGGCCAAGCCCCACCAGUGCAGCCAGUGCGGGCAGAGCUUCCUCCACCGCUCCCGGCUCACCUACCACGCCCGCAUCCACACCGGCGAGCGGCCCUAUGCCUGCGCCCAGUGCGGGAAGUGCUACAGCCGCAAGGAGCAUCUCCAGAACCACCAGCGGCUGCACACGGGCGAGCGGCCCUUCCAGUGCCACGAGUGCGGGAAGUGCUACAUCCGCAAGGAGCACCUGCAGUACCACCAGCGCGUCCACACCGGCGAGCGGCCCUUCCAGUGCGCCGCCUGCGGGAGGAGCUUCAUCCGCAAGCAGAACCUGCUGAAGCACCAGCGCGUCCACACCGGGGAGCGGCCCUACCAGUGCGGGGAGUGCGGGAGGAGCUUCCGCUACAAGGAGUCCCUCAAAGACCAUCAGAGAACUCACGAUGCUGAGCCAGGGUUGCCCCCCCGGCCUGCACCCAGGAGCCGGGCUCAGGAAGCAGAUGCCUCUGUGUGA